GAUUUAAUUAAGGGGAAGAGAGAGGAGAGCAUCAGAAGCCUAUCAAGCCAUGGCGAUUAAUGCAUUAAUUGUCAACAAACUACUCAAACUUUGCAUCUUCUUCCUUGCCAUUUCGCUCCUGGUUCACCGGGCGCAUGCCGUAGUACGCGAGGACUGUGUCGCCGAAAGCGGCUCAUGCAUCGACAAGUCGGAGGCCCAGCCGCUGAAGAUCAUCGCCAUCGUGACGAUCCUGGUGACGAGCAUGAUCGGGGUAAGCGCCCCGCUCUUCACCAAGGCCUUCCCAGCCCUGCAUCCCGACCGGGACCUCUUUGUCAUAGUAAAGGCCUUCGCUGCUGGGAUCAUUCUCGCCACCGGGUUCAUGCACGUCCUCCCUGACUCGUUUGACAUGCUCUCCUCCAGCUGCCUCUCUGAGAACCCGUGGCAUAAGUUCCCGUUUACGGGCUUCGUGGCCAUGCUAUCCGCCAUCUUGACCCUCAUGGUUGAUUCUCUUGCCACAAGCAUAUACAGCAAGAAAGGCCUAGCCGGAGUUAUCCCAGCGCAUCAGGGUGAGGGGGCAUCACCUGAGCCAGACAGGGAGAUGGGAGUCAUUGCUGCGGGUCACUUCCAUGGUCAUCACCAUGUCGCACCCAAGGGCGACCUUGUAACUUCCCAGCUUCUCCGAUAUCGGGUCGUCGCGAUGGUACUGGAGUUGGGAAUAGUGGUUCACUCCGUGGUGAUAGGGCUUUCCAUGGGAGCCUCAAACAAUGUCUGCACCAUCAAAGGUCUUGUGGCUGCUCUUUGUUUCCACCAAAUGUUCGAGGGAAUGGGCCUCGGCGGCUGCAUCCUCCAGGCAGAAUACAAGCUAAUGAAGAAGCUGGUCAUGGUGUUCUUCUUCUCCGUCACGACACCACUCGGGAUCGCCAUCGGUAUGGGGCUGUCAAACACUUACCGGGAGAACAGCCCAACCGCCCUCAUUACGGUUGGACUCCUCAAUGCAUCCUCGUCCGGUCUCUUGAUCUACAUGGCUCUGGUCGAUCUUCUUGCCGCGGAUUUUAUGGGUGUGAAACUCCAAACCAGCGUUAAGCUCCAGAUUAAAUCGUACGCGGCUGUGCUCUUGGGCGCCGGUGGAAUGUCAGUCAUGGCCAAAUGGGCGUAAAUAUCAUAUAGAGACCCGAUAAUUAGUACGACUGUUAAUUAAUUACUCUGUACCCUUUAUGUCGUCCCACACCCCAUGACCAUGGCCACCUCUGCAAUCUCCUUCAGUCGUUUCUUCUUGUUUCCCAGGUAUUCGGGUUUCUGGGCACAUCGUAAACACUUUUUUUUUCCUACUUGGUGAAGUGAUUAGUUUCUUGUACACUCCCGUUGGCUUAGGGAUGCAACUCCGGAUGUAAUACGACUCUUCUCUGUUUAGUUUUA